UAAUUGAGAAGGGUAUACUUAUAUCCAUAUUGUUUAAAGUGUGUAUAUACUUUAUAUAUAUUAUAUACCAAUAACUAUGCUCUCUUUUCAGAGGUGCCUUUCUGGUUUCCUUUCAAAAACAAAACAAUUUUUUAACCAAAUCGUAUUGACUCUUACACUUCCAUUUUUCUGGCAGCAAGCUGCUGUCCCUGCUCUUAUCACUGACUCCAGAGGUUUGCUACACCCUGCCUCACAUGCCUUUAUAUUCGGUACUUAAAGGUCUACAUGUUUGUGUUUUGAGAUAAGAAAUGAGACUGCACUUAUUUAUGUUUUCUUAUGAGUCCAUGCUAGUUGCAAAAGUAUUAAGAAUGUCAAGAAUGUUGAAUGGAGGGAUCAUCAUUUUCCUUUUAUCUUUACUGAUCGACUUUUCCGUUACUCAACCCGACCAGCAAGAUAAUCAGGAAGUCUAUGGUGUGUCUACAACGGCAAUCCCCCACACUCUGAGACCUGGUGUGACAGAGGUCUUCUUUGUGAACAGCCGGAUUAAUACAAUCCCCAGUGGAGCUUUUGCUGGAAGUCCAGAGCUUGAGAAGGUGGAGUUUAUGGAAACAGAAACAAAUACUAUCGAGGUUGGAGGCUUUGAUGGUUUGGUAAAGCUCAAAAGUGUUGAAAUAUCCACUAAUCCUUUGAGGUCAGUGCCUCUAGGUUUGUUUAAAGAAAACAGCAAUCUGGAAACAAUUAUUAUAAAGUUUAACAAACUUGCUCGACUUGAGAAAGGUUUGUUUGAUGGUUUAACAAAGUUGGUAGACCUGCAGCUACAUGGAAAUGAAAUUGAGUUCAUUGAAGACCAGAUAUUUGAUGAUCUUGUUAAUCUUAAAAAGCUCAAUUUGGGUAAAAACAAUCUUACUUCAGUAUCCACAAGCUGGUUCUCAAACCUGAAAAAACUGACUGUUAUACGGCUGUAUGAAAAUCAGCUCACCACCAUUCCUGAGGAUCUCUUCAUGGACUUACCAGACUUAGAGGAAAUAGUUCUGCAAGGAAACAAGAUCAGUGAACUAUCCCCAAAUUUAUUUCCACAUAAAGGGAAGCUUGUUAAAUUGUUCUUGGAAAACAAUCUUCUGACUAGUUUACCUGAAGAAUAUUUUGUUGGCUUCCCUAAACUCAAAAUUUUGAACCUAAGAAAUAAUCAGCUGACCAGCCUGCCGCCGGUGCUUUUUGGUGAAAUGCCUAAACUGACUGAGCUGAGCCUCCAACAAAACAACCUCAGCACACUUCCUAAGGGAAUCUUCAGCUCCUUGAAGAAAGUUAAGAAGCUGGAUCUCUCCAAAAAUCAUUUUGUGAACUUGUCUCCUGAUUACUUUGACGGUCCUGAAAAGCUAACUGAGCUUAACGUCCAAGGCAACAUGAUAAAGUCAUUGGAUGCACAACUGUUUGAAAAUCUUCAAUUUGUGACCACAAUCAAGCUUGCCAACAAUGACCUUCGGACACUUUCUGGGGACGUUUUUGACUCUUUGACUAAACUCAAAAAACUUGACCUUAGUAAUAAUCCAUGGCAAUGUGACUGCAAUCUGAUAGAUUUGCAUCAUUGGAUAAAAACCAAUGCUGAUAAGCUCACACCAGAGGUGCACUGUGAGUAUCCAGAACAUCUGAAAGGACAGGAAAUCAAAUUGUUAAACGAGGAUCAAUUAGUUUGCCCCACUCUCCCACCCACUACCACCACCUUACUGACCACUAUACCAACCACAGUUCGAACAACAAAACCAACAACCACUCUCACUACCACCACACUGCACACUACAAUACCCACCACCACACCCUCAACGACACAGCCAACCACCACCACACCCUCAACAACACAGCCAACCACCACCACACCCUCAACGACACAGUCAACCACCACCACACCCUCAACGACACAGCCAACCACCACCACACCCUCAACGACACAGCCAACCACCACCACAUCGACAACAACACAGCUAACCACCACCACACCGACAACGACACAGUCAACAACCACCACACCGACAACGACACAGUCAACAACCACCACACCCACAACCACAACAGCAACCACAAUGCCAUCAACCACUGCUACUUCCACCACAGUACCAACAACUACAUUAACGACGACUGAGAGUACGGUUAUCACGACGACCCCCACGACCAUUGCCACAACAACAGUUCCAACGACCACAACUAUGGUCACACCAACCAUGAUGACAACCACUCCAACCACAACCCCCACCUCCACAACUACACCCACAACAAUUGCCCCUACUACUAUGACAACUACACCCACCACCACCCUUACAACUGCCCUGACAACAACUACACCUUUGACAACUAAACAAACAACUACUAUAACAACAACGACACUUAUGACAACCACCACAUUCACAACUUCACAAUCUACCAUGAUGACUACUUUACCAACCACAACUAUACUUACACCUACCACCACAGUGACCACAACUACACCCACAACAAAACCCACAACGACUACACUCUGGACUAGCCUUCCAACAACAACCCAACCAGAUACUCCUACUACAUCAACUCCUUUUGUAAACUCUAUUUAUAUUCCAGAAUCAAAAUUGUCCUAUGUUCAUCACAUCAGUAGAAAAGUUCAAGACUGCAAAAUGUGGACAAUGAUCUACACCUCACUGCUUGUGGUUGAGAUCACCUGCUCACUGGUGUUGGCUAAGUUCACCAUUUCUCUUUAUCGGCUGUUGCAAUACAGAGAGGAAAUUAACCACAGGCACAUCAAGCUCACUCACUUUUCCUACAGGAGAGAAGUGAUCCUGAAGCCUGUGCAGGAGGCAGAACCCCAACGUCUUUUGCGAUCAUUAUGAUAAUCAAUAAGCCAGCAGAGGUCAUUUGACUCAACAGAGCCUCAUUAAACCUGCUGUAACCUACUCCUUAACUCUUUGUCCAACUGGAGAUUGGUAGUGAUUCCUCAAAAAAUUUUGCAGUGAUUGCUCCGUCCCUAGUUGACUACUAAAUUGAUUUCCAAUGUUUCAUGUUUCAUGUUUAUUGAUCUCAUUUGGUAAAAAAAAAAUUUUUUUUUUAUAUCUUACCUUUAUAUGUAUAAUAGUUUGGUGAAUUGUUGAUAAUUUUUUAUUUUUUUUAUUUUAUAUGCUUAAUUAUCAAGUAUCAUUAUUGCCUUGUAUUUGUCAUAUUACUUGUUAGUGUAAAUGACUGAAUUUCAUCCAUUAAAUCUGCAAUGUAAAAAAAUUGCUUUGAUUUUCUAUAAAUUAUUUUAGCAAAUAUUGGAUUUGUGGAGAUAUAAAUAUGGGAAACAAAGAUUUUGCUCCACGACACAUUCUUUAAACGUAAUGGUAAUGUUUUCUGAAUCUAUUUAAACAUAUUUAAAAAAAAAAAAAAACCCUACAAAUACCUGUACUCAUUUCCUAUGAUUAUUUAAGUGGUAAUUUUUCUCUUAUUUUAUAACAGUGGUGUAAAAUUAAAUGGAAAAAUCUUGGAGUAAAAAUCUAAAAUCAACAGAAUCUAUUUUUGGACAGCACUAAUAUCAUGCUGAUGUCAACACAGCCGCAUUAUAAACAGCAAGUCGUGUGGAGAACAUGGUUGCUAGGAAAUCUGAAUAACCACCACUAGAGGGCAGCUUUGAGUUAUAAACAGAUUCUGCCUAACUGAAUACAUUUUCCGCCUAAAACCUUCUUAUAAUGUCAAAACCUUCAUAAUGCUCCCCAUUAUAAUAGCAGGUUCUGCUUUAAAUUAACCAAGAUCUAAGCAAAAAAUAAUUUGUUUAUAUUUAAUGAGCUUCUAACAAGUCUGUUUGAAAUGUAACAACUUGCACAAUGAUCUCUGCAGUUACAGAGCAGUUCUGAAUAAAAAGAAAGUCGUGUCUCCAGCUCAAAAAAAUGAUUUAAAUAGAUUGAAUUGUGCUAACAUAGAUGUGCUUGAUCAAAUGUAACUCAGUGCUUUUUCUAAGACAAACAGAAACAGAAAGAAAUGACUCAGUUACAUCUGACGUGGGAGAUCAGAUACUGAAGAGACAAGCAGUAAUGAAGUAUGUCACAAUAAAAAUUUAUUACCAAAACAAUGUGUAAACCAAAGGUUUUCAUAAUAUCAUUUUCAUACCUCCCACAAGUCUCUCCUACUGCAAGUGCAAAAGGAAUCCUGCCUAAAAACAGAUGCUUGAUGUAGAAGAGAAGCAAAAUGUAAAGAAACACAGAAAGUUGUUCCUCUGAAUAUUUUAUCUCACUCUGAAUUGUUGUGUAACAUGCAGUUAGUCUUUGUCCAUGUUGCAUCACAAAGCUUUUCUCAUCUCUGUACAUAGCAUGCAAUCUGGCACCAUUUCAAAUAUUAAUCCAGAACAGCAAGACCAGUGGGUUUUACUUACCAUGUUUUGAUGACAGAAAAACUUUUGUUGAUUUUUGGCUGUUUACAAAAGCAAAAUAUAAUAAAGUAGUAAAUACACUACUGAACACUAUUGAACUAGUUACCAAAAGGAAAAUACUUGGUGCAUUACAAAGCCUAUGCUGAUGUGAUAACAUGCAUAAACAAAUAUGAGAUGAAAACAAGAAUUUUGUAUAUUAACAAGAUAUCCAAUUAAUUUGUUAAUAGGAACAACAUAAAAUCGAAGGAAUGACUGGAGAUGAAAUGUAAUUCACUCCUAAAGAGUGCUACUCCAAAAUGUAGCACAGCUUUUGAAAAAAGUUCCAAAAAUAAAACACCUCAUUGUGGUCUUUGGAUGUUGUGGGUUUUUAUAUUAUCUUGCAAGCACAUCAUCAAAUUAGUCAUUACAAAAAUAUAUUACAGUGUUUCUCAGUUGCUCUUGAUUUUUUAAAGAUUGAUCAGUAGUAGCUACUAUUUUGUCCAUAUUUUCCUGUCAUUCAGAAGGUGUUAUUGGUGAGAUGUGAAUGUUUAUGUGAAUAUUCAUAUUGACAUUUUGCUUAUGCCUAAACCUGGUCAGUCAUUACAUUGUCCAUUUCCUAAUUACUCAUGUAUAAUGAUGGCUUGCUAAUUGUAUUUAAUGCAUAAUGACCUAACUAAGUAAUGUUAUUACUAUUGGU